GCUGACGUAGGCGGGGGGUCAGAAAUUAUCAUUCAUUGAGUGAGUGAGAGAGAGGGAGGAAACCCACACUCAUCUGAUAGUCAUUACGAUUUUGGAUCAUAAUAUAGCGUGUUGCACAGUGGGCUAAGAAUAAAAGCAAGGAAAUAGUCAAAAUGGUCGGGGCAAGUUUCGCAGCAUUGGUAGUGACCAUCUGUGUGGGUGUGGUCCACCCUGCCCCUACUUCAGAAACCACAGAGACGAUAGACAUGUUGAUGCCUAACGUCAAACCACAGACGCCGGACACGUAUCUGUGCCAGUCUUUCAAGAUUGAGGACGCACACAGAUAUAUCAACGUUGGCUUUGACGUGGGCCAGGACACCGACAUCAAGUAUCUGGUGGUGCAAGUCCACUACAAGAAUGUGACCAAGUUCCUGGCCCCUCAGAACGGGGAGGACAAUUCCGGACUCUCCUUGGAGACGACUAAAGUGCCGACAAAAAAGCAAGCAGGUGUCUACCUGAUGGUCACUGGUGGCUACAUUGCACCACACACAGUCGAUUAUUUCGAAACUGCCUGUCCCUUCCAAGAGAACAUUGAGAUCGUGCCAUUUGCUUUCAGGACUCACGCCCACUCUCUAGGCCGAGUCAUCUCUGGCUACCGAGUUCGUGACGGAGAGUGGGCCGAGAUUGGCCGGAAAGACCCGAGACUGCCCGAGAUGUUCUACAAUGUGACCACCCAGGGUUUGACGAUCAAGAAAGGAGAUAUUCUGGCUGCCCGGUGUACCAUGGAGAAUGGUCUCGACCACGAGGUAGCUAUUGGUGCCACUCAGAAGGACGAGAUGUGUAACUUCUACGUGAUGUACUACGUGAACAAGCCUCCCAUCCUCUCCCAGCACACCUGCUUCAAGCCCGGCCCGCCCUAUUGGUUCUGGACAGACUACCCGGACCAGGAGGCCAUCAACGUGGACAACGUGCCCGACACUGCCAGCGUGAUCCCCGGCCCAGAAAAGCUCCUAGUCCGUAACGGCACCACUCCCUGGUACCCUGAGUCGCAGCAAAUGGCGGGAAUGCCUGGAGAGUUUGAGGACUCCAGUGUUGAUGACGUCGUAGAAACGGCAAUCCGCGAUAUGGACCCAGAUGAGCUGCUGUUCUUGGUUCAGGAGCUAGCGGAAGAGGAAGAGGAAGAAGAGGAGCGGGAGAGGGCGUGGCAACAACGCCAGUUUCUGAGACAGAGACAGAUACAGAGAGGCGGGCCCAUCGACUCGUACCAGCCUCUGUACUGAGCGCAAAUUGUUCCUUACAACUUACAGAGGACAGACUGAUUAGAAGAAACAGCGCACUCUGCCCUUCAGAAGUCAAAGGCAGAAGGCAGGAAAUUCAAUACUCCUGAGAAAACGGAUUUAAGCAGUGAACUGGAAAAUGUUCACGGUGAAUUUGGAAUUGUAACCUACUUAUGUUCAUAUUGUCUGUGAGUGGCAGGGCAACUGUGUGCCAUUACCUGGCCAAAGACGUUUGUUAUCUCUUUAAUGAUACCCAACCCAAAGAGACCAAAACGUCUGCCCUUGAUAUCUUUAACGCAGAUAAAAAUAUACCUUACAACCUGUCUUUUUUUUCUAUCAACUGACCAGUGGACUUUGAUCAAGUACUGUAAAAAUAAAGGAACACUACACAACACACGACUGUUGAAAACUCUAGGCACGCUGCUCUGUAUUGUGGUCUUUCAGCUUUAAAAAAGUAAUGAGCUUUGGUUUGAAGAAAAAUUACGACAGUUUUGCAAUCGUGUAAGCAGUUUCCUUUUCUUUUAUACACCCUUUUCAUGGGUAGGAAAAGGGGGCGUAGCUUGCUGUGUUUAGGUGAAAUCGUACAUUCCUCAGAGGGAUAUUUUCUUCCCGACCGCGGAGCUUUGAAGCUUGGUGAAUACGGGAAUGACAGUUAGUAUUCAGUUAGUGGGACGAUCUGGUUGGGAGUUUCAUCGUCUUCAUGUAUUUUUUUUAAUUGGGUGGAGAGUGGUAAAAUAAGAGAGAAUUUGACAAAGGUUAACGAGCAAGGGAUUAUUCAAACAUCGUAAUAUACUACAAAUGGCUUGAGAUCUUAUUCGUGUUGGAACUUGGCGCGAAAACACUCAGUUUGAUGUAUGUAUUUGGGUAAUACAAGUAGUUGUAAAAUUUGGCUUGGCACCCGAAUGAACCCCGACUGAAACUUCACUUGUUUUUCUUUCUUGUCUCUUCGUGGCAGUUCAGCGUGUUGCUCAGCAAUACGUAAAUAUCCCCCCUAAGUACACUGUGCUCUAUUUCUGCUGUAAUGACAAGAUUGUUUUCGUGGGAUCUCCAAAUAUUGACUAAACGUAUUUGAGAAUCCAUCCCCUCUGCGCUUGCGUGUCUGCUAACUGUUGUGUUGGGAGUGUACAAAAAUAAAACAAAGAAAAGGAACACAGCCAA